AUGACGUCAUGGCAGACUCGGUCGCAAGUAACCUCACGAUUCAAUGAACAUUCAAUGGGACUGAUCUUCUCUGUUGAUUUCAACCAGAACUGCGAGCUUGUCUACGUCAGUCGUGGUUUGCUUGCCGGUAUACCGUAUACCCGACAGCUGCGGCAGUUCCCCGCUCGAACAUGCGAAAUGAAUGAAGAUCAGGUCAUCUCAUUUCGUUUUGAGGUGAGGACCAUCGCCCUCCUCAACAAACAAAUCCCAAUCCACAUCUACGAAGCCGCCCCAGCAUUCGCGGAAAUCGGCGCAGGUGUCUCCUUCGGUGUGAACGCCCAACGCGCAAUGGCACUCAUCGAUCCUCGGAUCAGGGACGGAUACGAGAACAUCGACACUCGGAACGCAUCUCCAGAAAAGCACGAUACGUGGUUUGAUUUUCGGAGGGGGACGGGUGAGCCGGAUGUUAUUUGCGAGGUGAGGAGUGAGGAGGUUGGUCAGAGUUCUGUUCAUCGGGCGCAUUUUUUGGAUGCCUUGGUCAAAUUGAUCCCAGACGACGUCGCACACUUCGGAAAACGGUUGACGGAUAUCACACCACACGACGAUUGCGUGGAGCUUCAUUUUGCGGAUGGCACGACAGUGAGACAUACUGCCAUCAUCGGCUGCGACGGCGUCCGCUCCCGAACCCGCGAGAUCCUCCUCGGCCCCCAAGACUAUCCCAACUACGCACCAACCUUCACAGGCAAAUACGCCUACCGCGCCCUCAUCUCCAUGUCCGAAGCAGCUUCGUCCCUCGGCGACGAACUCGCCCGCAACUCCCAAAUGUACCUCGGCCCCCACGGGCACAUCCUCACCUUCCCAAUCGAAAAAGGCCGCACAAUGAACGUGGUCGCAUUCCACUCCUCCCCCAGCUGGCCACACACCAAAUGGGUCCUCCCCUCUCCCUCCUCCUCUUCUGGUACCUAUACUCACCACAAAGAUUUCGAGGGGUGGGGCGAACCGGUGAGGAAGAUCGUGGGGAUGAUGAGAGAGCCGGAUGUGUGGGCACUUUUUGAUCAUCCGGGUGUGGAGAGGUAUUGGAGAGGACGGUUGUGUGUUAUUGGGGAUGCGGCGCAUGCGAGUACGCCGCAUCAGGGUGCGGGGGCUGGACAGGCUGUUGAGGAUGCGUAUAUACUUUCGGAAAUGUUUGGUCACAGGCUUUCUGUUCUUAAAGCACAGGAGGGGUGGUGCACUGAGUCCGUGACGGGGGAUGAUCUGGAAAAGGUCUUUACGGCUUACGACCAUGUUAGGCGACACAGAAGCCAGAAGGUCGUCACUACCUCGCGUGAAGCGGGGAUGAUUUAUGAUUUUGAGGGAGAGGGGGCGGGGAGUGAUGUGGAAAAGGUGAGGGAUGCGAUUGUGGGGAGGUAUGAUUGGAUUUGGAGGGUGGAUUUAGAGGGGGAGGUUAGGAGGGGGGUUGAGUUUAUGAUGAAGGGGAGUGGGGCGGAGUGAGAUGGGU